AUCUCUCAGUGACUCCCAUUCGACAGCGCGUGCUGCUCCGGGUUGGCCCUCUUUUCCGUGUGAGCGCCUGAGAGACCGGUGGGUGGGUGGUACAAACGGGAGUCUACCGUCGCUCCGUCUGUAGAUUAACUUUGAGAAAAGGACCGUCCUUUCGCCUCCGUGCGCGCGGAUUUACAAAACGCCUGCUUGGGCCGUUCUGCUUAAGGAUCUACCGAAGACGUAUCAAGGCUGGAUUUUCGUAGCUACGCCUCACCAUCGGAACCACAUCCACAGUCACUGUCACGCUGUCUCUCGAUUGGCACGUGUCGUCUGCGUCCUGAGCUCCUUGACACCGGCUAGAACCAACACCUCGCUCUCAACCUCCACGAACGCGCGUGAUGGAAACCGCCGGCAUUCUGCUGCUACUGUUACCACUCACAGUCGCGACCUCAGUGCCCCAGAAGACCUGUGAGCCCGGGGACGUCCAGUACGGCCAUAACGAGUGGAUCAGCGUGGUCCCGGGCAUGUCCCCAGGGUGCUGGACACACUACACCAACGAGGGGGCAGAGGUGCACGUCCUGAACCUCAGAUUCAACCCCAACACCGACAGCAAUUCAAACUUUUUAGUGCUGAACCUGACGGCGGCCAAGCCAGGUCAUGUGAUCAUCAACAGCGACGCCAAAGUGUCCUUUUACCUUACGCUCCCCGAAAACGAUAACGUCAAGGUUUCGAUGAAGAGGAACCUCAGCAGCCCCUCUCUGUUUAAGACGGUGACCCCAGUGGACAUGCCCUCCGACAGCGGGGACCUCCUGAGGUGGGCCACCGAGAAGUUCGGGGGCGUCACCUCCUUCACCACCAUCCAGGACCCGGUGGUGAUCACCUUCACCGGAAAGCGAGCGAAAGGCAAUGGUUCGUCCAACUGCACGCUGGAAAACGGCUUUUCCCCAGAAGACUACGUGUUGGAGUUUACGCCCGGGAGUCGACCGCAACUGAAAUCCUGCUCCACCAGCUCCCCGCCGUCGGACAAGGAACUGCACAUCAUCAACAUCCCAGACGGAGCCGAAACCAGGCACGUCACCAUUCACCCGGAGUCGAAGAAGGGGAUGGACCUGUUCCUGAGGGGCCCGAACGGUACCACGUGGUCCAUAACCGGAGCGUUCUACAUCCGGUUUAUGUCAAACAACCGCGUACUGAUGGGCGAGAGUGAGAUCCCUCCUCUCAUCAGCAACCUCGCGGACAGUGCCGGCGACGUCCAGCGGGAGGCGCUGCUCCUGUUCGCCUCCAGCUUCAUCACCAGCUACUCGGAGGUCAGCUCCCACGGGCCCGCCAUUACCGUGACGGUUGGGAGCGCCAGCUCAGCUAAAGAGCCGAGGACGUCCCCGGCCCCGCUAGAAGAGAUGACCUCCGCCCCGCACUCCGACCCGUACCUGCGCAUGCAGCUGUACACCUCCGCCGAUUUCACGGACCCCCUGGACCCCGCCAGCAAGGUGCAGAGUAACAGGAGGAUCUACGCAGAGAUUUCGAGCAAGACGUUUGGGGGCACGGAGCUGAGCACGCGGGUGAGGAACUGCUCGGUGCGCUCCAAGGGGCCGUGCCCGCGGGCGCAGGACAUGCCCUUCCAGACGGUGCACUGCCCCUGCGCCGUCUGCCCCAGCAGCACCUGCCUCAGCUUCAGCUUCCAGCACCUCCAGGACCUCGCCGCCGCCAGCUGGGACCUGGAGUGCGCCGUCAAGCUCUGCUUCAACCAGACCUGUGGAGAUGGAGGGAGGGUCAGGCGCAGCAUGGAAGUGGUCCCCAUUUCGGCUCCAGAGAAAUGCGUCAGCUUCGGCCUUCCGGCCAUCCUGGGCGUGGCAUUUGGCGGCUUUCUGAUUGGGGUGCUUCUCAUCGGCGCCCUGUGGCUCAUCAAGAUUCGAACAGGGAUCGGAUCCGGACUGGAUUUGGGGUCAACUGCAGUGCAUCUCACAGGGUGUCCCUGCACCGAGACCAAGCGGCAGGGUGUCCCCGGCAACCCGUCGCCGUCUGAGAACAGCAGCGCCAACGGCAGCAUCGGCAGCACCCAGAGCACGCCCACCAGCAGCGUGGCAUAGGCCUGCCGUCCUCCCGCGAACGCGACCAAACGCUCAACAUCCUGGACCGUUUCACUGCAUCUCAUACACAACCAAGAGCUCAACAUCCUGGACCGUUUCACUGCAUCUCAAACACAACCAAACGUUCAACCGUUUCACUGUAUCUCAAACACGACCAAACGUUCAACCGUUUCACUGCAUCUCAAACACGACCAAACGUUCAACCGUUUCACUGUAUCUCAAACACGACCAAACGUUCAACCGUUUCACUGCAUCUCAAACACAACCAAACGCUCAACAUCCUGGACCGUUUCACUGCAUCUCAAACACAACCAAACGCUCAACAUCCUGGACCGUUUCACUGCAUCUCAAACACAACCAAACGCUCAACAUCCUGGACCGUUUCACUGCAUCUCAAACACAACCGAGCACUUAACAUGUCGGACAAUUUCACUGUAUCUCAAACACAACCAAACGCUCAACAUCAUGGACCGUUUCACUGCAUCUCAAACACAACCGAGCACUUAACAUGUCGGACAAUUUCACUGUAUCUCAAACACGACCAAACGUUCAACCGUUUCACUGCAUCUCAUACACAACCGAGCGCUCAACAUGCCGGAUCAUCUCACUCCAUCACAUACAGAGCCUAGGGUGCCUGACCGUGCCACUUCAUCUCAAACACAACCACACUCCGUUUGCCAGACUGUCUCAUUCUCUCACAGACACAACCAAACGCUUUGGUCGGAAAACGGCGAGCAUUGUUAGGCUGAACGGCCUGUUCUUGUCACUGUGAUACAUUAGGACACGCUAUGUAACACGCCGGAAUGUUUCACUUUAUCACGAACACAAUCGACCUCUAAACACGCCGGACACAGUUUCAACUGCCCACAAGCACGACCGAACGCUCGAUUAGCCUCACCAUUUCACUCCCUCACAAACGCAAGCAAACCGUCAACAUGCUGGACUGUUUCGCUUCAUCACAAACAUAACCAAACUCGCAAUAUGCCAGACCGUAGCGUAUACUGGGGGGGGGGGGGGGGGGGGGGGGGUUAGGUUCAGGAGAGGGGUGGGGAAGCAGGGGGUGUAGUUCCAUCCUAGCCUCUUUACGCUGGCCUCCCUGGCCCCUCUCAGUGAAGUAUGGAGUUGGGAAGUCGGUGGAAAAUCUCUUAGCCAGAGGAAAAACAAAGCAUAUCCCCACAGAACUAACAGGAAAUUCGCUGCAUUCUUUUCAGUAAACCGUGCCGCCCGGCCGGCCGCACAAUAAGAGUCCCAGAAAGGGGGCAGACGAACAGGGGCUUUAUUUAACUUUAUUGGCGACGCCAGUUUUCCGCUUGUUUUUCCGCCAGUGACGCGAUCUGAAACCUUAUCUCUUAACGACUUCGAGCGAAACCCAUAGACAGACAGACCGUAGAUAGACAGAACAUAGACAGACAGACAGACCGUAGACAGACAGGAUAUCGGUUCUGUGAGUUAGCGGGAAGAUGCAUUGGUAGCGUUUAAUUUUAGCGUCAGGUUUCUUCGGCACAGAACAUAAUCAUAUUGCGCUAACUAGGCUGAUGUGGGAAACAUCCGUAGUGGUGCGACAUUUUAAAAAAGAAUUUUAACAUAGGGGUUUCUGUCUUGUAGGAUUUAGGAAGGCAUUGGAAAUGGCUACCUCUUAAUUUAUGCACAACUCUUAUUGUGAAAUACACACUUGAUGCUAGGUUGAUCUUGUCAACCAAUCAGAUUACUCAUGCUCUUAUUUUAUCAGUUCCAGUCCUAACUUGCUUUGUCAACCACAGCGCGAAAGCAAAUAGCGUCGAACAAUUACAACUAAAGGUGUAAAAAUCCAAAGAUAUUAAUCUUUGAAAAAAAGUUUCUGUCUUUUACAUCUUUGAGAGUGAUAAAACACAAAGAUGAACAAAUCCAAAAUCAGAUUUGAGAAGCAUACAGAUUAUACAUGUUUGGAAAAUGUUCUAUAUUUAAGUGAUCAAACAUGAGUCAAGCCCAAGCACAGAAAUUUAUUUGGGUUAAGAGGACAGUCUGAAUUGGAGGUAAGCGGUCGAACCGUUUGAGUGCCCAUGUACAGAUAGUGUUUUUGAUAUCUCCGCUUUUUUGUCCUCUGUAAAAAAUAAGUCAAUAAAAAAGAUUUCACACAGCAAACCUCAAGGCUUUCCCAAAAUUAAAACUUUUAAUAUCUGUUUCUUAAUAAUUAAUUAAUAUUAGGAUCUGUAUAUACCAGCAACGAAGCCAAUUAUAAACUUGGAAUUAUUUAUUUUCGCUUUAUGUAAAUAAUUGGCUUUUGAUUGGUCUGUAUUUGAUGACAGAGCUCACGUGGGUGGGCCUCGAUACGCAAAGACAUGCCCAGACAAGGAAAUUUGACCUUUUUUGAGUGACAGAUAUUAUUUUCUACAUAAAAGGGAAAUAACACAAAGAAUCCACAUAAUUAUCUGCUUUCUUUUCUAAGCCAAGUAAUGUAGUGUUUUAUGUAAAAUAUUUAGCCUAAAUUUAUCUAAAAUGAUGUAGCCAAUUGAAUUGUUUAUGUGCCACUAUUCAAUAUAUCUUUAUUUUGGGUGAAGAUAAUUUUUGCAUGUGUGAAUCUGCGUGUGCGUUUGCAAGUGUGUGUGUGUGUGUGCGUGUGCGUGUGUGUGUGCGUGUAUGUGCGCGCGUUUAUACCAGCAAGAUGAGCAAGAGAGAAAAAAACAGGAAGAAUGUCACUUGAGUAUUGUGCAAUAUUGUGAAGUAUAGGCGUAUAUGUUAAGUGUCCGUAUACUUUUUGUAGAGAAUGAAAUACUCGUUACCUCCUACGUCUAUCAUUCAUACUGCAUACAUUUUCUUUAACAACUUUUGGAUAUCGUAAUACCUUAGACACCGAUUGAGGCCAGCUCUCGUAAUUGGACAUUAUUUAAACUGCGUGACAUCAUAAACGGUUGAGACAUUUACACUAUCUGAUUAAGCAGAUAAUUAUCUGCUGUCCUCUGGCAAACUGCAAGUCAGAUGUCCGUAAUAAGCAAAGGCCAAAAUCCCGAAUUAAAGGCUACCCAGGAAUUGCCGUUACCGUCCAGUUCGGCCUUUCGUUGCCACGGCGAUGGCCGUACGAGCGACAUUUCCCCAAGAAGAAGAGAUCGUUCGAAACUAUUCACCGUGAGCAAGCCUUCCCAUUCUUCGCAACCUCCCAUCAGACUCCAGAUUAGUAGGACCUUAGGAAAAUGUGAUAUAUUCAUAUAUGGCAAAAUAUGAAAUUCUAAAAUGCUAAAUAUAUCAGUUAUUGACGCAUAAUAUAAUACCUUUUUAUGCCCUUAUCACGUAGUUAGUUUCAUGACAUACUGGCUGCAAAGAUACUAAACUCUGUAAAUUGUAUAAAUACAGAUCAAUGAGUAAGCAUGGCAAUACCCAUUGUAGAACGCUGCAAAUAUUUUUUCUUACAUGUAUGGUUUUCUCGGUUUUGCACAUGGCGAGACAGCAAGGACCGGCCUCCCGCCCACACGUUCCCUCUCACGCAUUCUACGACGUUCGCCUUUCCACUUUCCAUCCACAGAACUUACAGUUCCGUGGUCGUAACGGUAGGGACAGAAAGCAGCCUCGGGCGACCGGCGUUCCGUGACAGGUCGGGCGCAGAGCGCAGAUAAGACGCGGGGAGAAUCAGACGGGCUGUCAGUCAGUGCGCGCGCUACUCCCGUCAACAUUCUCUUCCUCUGGGAUGCAGAGAUACGCCACAGACAACGCCGAUGUGCUCGCUUUCUCGUUCCCACGGAGAUUGGGCUAUCGCAAGGAAGGACGGUUGGCGGGGGUUAUCGGGGUAGUCACUGAAGACCCUUCAGGAAGGCAUCCUCUGACUAUUCACGGCUGAUAUAACCAGUCCAGGAAUAAUAAAGGGUUGACUCCCUCAAACCCCAGGGCUCAGCGUGACCCCCGUCCCCCCGUCAGACUCUCUCGAAAAAGUAAUGAAACAUAAUGGUAGGCUCUAAUAGGAGAUUGCGUCUAUUAUUUAUGAAUUACGUUUUAGUGCCCUUUCCUCCCAUCUAGUGGUAAAGAAAAGUUACUGCAGUUACCUUGAGGGACAAAAUUUAAAAAGUAAAAUCAGAUUAAGAUUUCUAGAUUUUUAGAAAUACAUACUUCACUAUUUUGAUAAAAGUAAUUGUACAUUUGUAUUUUUUUUGUAUUAUUAUAAUCAGUGAAAAAAGUGUUUUUGUUAUAUAGGCUACAUAUUUUGCCAUAUUAAAUGUAUCAUUGUUACAUUUGGUGUGUAUCAUGUAAUGCUUUUUAUUAUGAGGAAAUACACAUUGGUCUUAUGAAUAUCCUUUCUGGGGUAAUAACAGUGACAUUAUCCAUACGUUUGCACAAUACAGGUGUGUUAUAGGCAUUAGGGAUCAUGGCUUGCUACAUGCCUGUACACUCUCAAAAAGGAUGCGUUAAUAUCCAACACACUUUUUGUGUUACUACCAACACAUUUUGUGUCAAGGUUUCUAAUCUUGAGUUACAAAUAUACAAUUUAUGUGUUACUAAGGGAGAUUUUGUAACACGGACUGUGUUGGAAGUAACACAAAAUGUGUUGUCCUUGACUAGACAUUGAGGUGUGUUAAAAAAGAGACAUUUUAUGUGUUGUUGUUAAACACAUCUGUUUCGAGGGUGUAGGUUGCACCAAUACUCCUUGGGUGGGGCAGUGGUGAUAAACUCUCGAUGCUUAAGCUACUUAACCUGCAUCGUUACAGAAAGUACCCAGCCUUAUCAAUGGAUGUAUUUUACACAUAAUUGUGGAUAUUUAAAAUAUUGGCCACGUGGGAUACAUGCAGGAAUGCGUCACAUACCCCAGAUACGAGUGUGAGCAGGGUAGAUGAAUAUUGCAUUGUCAUCUUGGAGAGAUGGAAUCAGAAGCAUUUUCUCAGCGUUUACAGUACGUCACACCGCAGGCAUUCAAUCCUCUAGUCCAGAGCGAUUAUUUCAUCUUACAUUCUUCACCUACAAAUCCAUUUAUGCAACCGGGUAUUUCACAGAACCAAUUCGGGUUAAGUACUUUGCUCCAGGGCACACUGGCAGGGAGUCAAGCCCACGACCUUGGAGUUGCAAACCCAGAUCCGUAACCAAUACGACACACUGCGGCCCCCGAACAACGCCCGAACAUCUCUCCGGUUUUAUCCGAGUCAAAUCUCUUAACAUUCCAUCAGCUACUCAACUCUCUCGACCGCCAGCGUACACUCAACCCGCCAAAAAAAUAGUUUCUGCUUUUAUUUGAAGGGAAAACAGAGAUAUAAUGACGUUUUUUUGUUUUCUUCCAUUGUCGUAAUAGAAUGGGGGGACCUUGCAGAAACAUGGCUGCGUGCGUGCCGUUUCGAAGCUUGUGUAACCGCACGUGUUUGUGCAGCUGGAAGGCGCGAGUCAAGGAUGUCACCCCUUUAAAAUUGCGAGAAGGGCUCGAGCCCAGCGGCUCUGCGGAAAUAGAAAAGCUGUUAUCUGGAAUUCUGCAAGAAUGCAAGUCUCUCUGUUGUCAUUUACUGUUCGUGCUGAGUCUCAUGUUUUGCUGAUUUGUCUCUUUUGAAGGCGUUCAUAAUUCAUGGCGACCCGAUGCUGUGUAAUUUUAAAAGAUUUUUCUCAGAUAUAUACUGUAUGUUGUAUUGUAUAUCAACACAUUUUCAAUAAAAAUAUUUAAAAGUACUGA